GAUGAUUUGAGGUGUAAUCUGAGGAUCUUGGACGAGUUAGGGUUUUGAUUUUGUGGUGAUCGAUUCUUAAUCUUCGUGGAUUACACAUUUCCCGAUGGUUGAUUCUCACUUUCUCAGGGGGAGAGGCAUCGAAUUACUGUUUUAUGUCAUUGUUUGUUCGUAUAAUGGCUUCGAAUCUGAGUUUUGUUAGUAUAAUCUGAAGGUUCUUGGACGAGUUAGGUGAAGUAGCAAUGGCCUUCGAGAUAAUUAUGUGUAAGCUCAUCUCCAACGCAGGUUUGUGCUGCUUUGGGAUUGAAUCAACAACCGCAGAUCUUUUCUCGUCAUCAACUCAGGCGUGCGACACCCGAGUGGCUUCCAAGCAAGUUGUGGGGACUGUUACUGGGAGCAACAUCACGCAUCUUUUCUUGGGUCUUGGUGAGAGCGCUACGUAUCUCUGUUUGGCUGUUGGUGCUUCUCCUCAACGCGUUUUGCUUCUCAUUGCACUCAUGGGGCCUGGAAACUGCGAUUGAUAGCCAAGGAGGUCUUCAAGUGUCAGGGAUCAUUGGUUCGCUGUUGUCUGCGCUCUCUUACAAUGGCUUGGUUGCUCAGUUUCUGACCAUAAUCACUCUUCUACGACUAAUUGUGGAAGACAUUUGGGGCUUUCACCUUGAGAUCGGGAAUCACCUUCCGUAUGCACAGUUGUUGUGGACACCUCUCCGGAUCCUGUCUGACUGGUGGCACGAUCUCCUCCUAAGCCGCGGAUUCUUCCACACGAUCUUGGAUCUGAGCUUAAUGAUUUUGGAGCAGGAAGAAGACUUCUCUUCUUUCUAGAUGACAAUAGCUUUGCAGUUCUUGCAAUCAGUGUGUAUGUGUCGUGCCUCUUCAGUUUUCUUCCGUAUCUCAUCGGGAUAUCCGUUCUUAACUUCCCACUGAUUGACAACAUCGGCUUUGUGUCCAACAGCUCACCCAUCUUCACUGGAUACUCUGUUAUGGUGGCAAUAUCGGUUGAGUACUUGGUUAUGAAACUAGCCUCGAUUGAUAUGUUACGGCAGUUACUUCUCUACAUAUCACUAGCACCCUUCAUCCUAUUAUAUGGACUUUUAGCACCACUAUUCCGUAACCCCCUAAAUGUGGUCAACGAGGCAAUCCAAUUCCUAAGUCGGAUCAACUACAAGCUUCUGAUCUGCCCGUUGCUCCUUGGUUUCCACAUGGACUUUUGCACUAUCCCUGUGACUGGAACCAGCUAUUCUCGAAAGAUUGAGUUUGUCUCGGGCUAUCCACUUUGCAUCCUCAUACACUGGUUUUGCGGAUACACUUGGUUGGUACUAUCUUCGGCCUUCAUGCGUCUUAUCUACAAGAUCAUUGGUGGGCAACGAGCCUCUUGGUUUUUGGAAGAUGUCACGGACAUCAAUAAACUGCAUUAUGCCCAAUUCCUCGCUGCGUUUGCUUUCCAGGAGGCUUUGAUUUUUAGUGUGGUUCACUUACCAACAGCCACUAUCUCUCUCGUCAGCAGCUCGUUUUUCCCCCUCCACUUCUGGGUCUAUGACACAAGGAUUCUGUUUGGCUCAGUGGCUGCAUAUGGAUUCCUAGUGAGAGUUGGAGUCCACGAGUGGUUAGCCGAGCUUAUUGGAGCAUCCGUUGAGCCCAUAGUUCGAAUGUGGAUUACAACUGUCAGUUCUUGGCUUCAGUGGAUGCAGACGGAGAGGUUCGUACUGAGGGAAGGGGUGAUGUUGUUUCUUGCUGCACUGAGCAUGUACCUCGUGAGUUUAGCCUCCAUGGUUUUGCCAGUUCUGGUGGGUAGGGUGUUCUUCCAGCUCAUCUCGUUUGCCAAACAAGACGAUCUAUAUGGUUUCUGUAUUGGAUGCGUUCUCUUGCGAAGCAUCUUCAAGUAUAAUCACAUCUGGACGUGGAUAGGAAAUGGCAUCAUGAACUCGUCAGAGACAUUGCUGGUCCUCCUUGUCGACAUUAUUGUCAUCAUCCCAUCACUAGUGCCGCAAGACGAAACCCCUGGUUUCUUCUCGGUCCAAGAUAGGUUGAUUGGACUAGCCAUCCUUCACAUAUGGACCUAUCUCACGGUCUUCACACGGAUCAACCGUUUCCAGAAUGUCGCAUGGCGAGAGAGGCUUCAGAGGAUCAGAGGAGGCAUUAUCUAUCGGUUUUCCUCCAAGUACUCAUCACUUCUUCUGGGCUUGGUACUUGAGACGGGUCUAACCACCAUCUGUUUUCCUUUAUUGGUUGCCGGGCCAAUCUCUUCAAGUGCCAAUCUCCUCUGUCCGGUUGUCAUCUUGGGUUUGGGUUUUGUAGCGAAAGUAGCCGUGGAGUCGGUAUACUUGGACUUCUUCUGAUUUUAAACUUUGUUUUGUUAUAUAGACCCUGAUGGUAAAUAACGAUUGUGAUUGGUCACACGAUCAAUCAACAUGAAAGGAAUAGAAUAUAGGGGGUAGGGGGGGGGGGGGUUAUUGGAACAUGAAUUUCUAUGGAGUUUGAUGAUUUUAAUAGUUGAGAAGAUUUUACAAG